AUCUAUUUACCGAAAGGUGUAGCCAUGGCUUCCUUGACCUGCUCUUCGAUUUUGCGUAUUGGUGAUGCGAGAAUCGGGAACUCACGAGCUUCAAGCUACACAGUCCAGUCUCUUCAGGUUUCUUGCGGGAUUCAAAGAGAUGAUAAUGGGCGCCGUAUUUGGCGAAGGAGAACAUUGACAAAGAAGGACGAUAUGUUGCGUUACAAAUUGCAAAGAGUUCCAUUUGUGGAAGAACAAGUGAGGAAGAUAAAAGAAGUUGGGAAGGUAAUGACAAUGGAUAUAGAGCGGUUGCUUUUGAGCGAAGACAAUCGCUUUGAAUUUGUAAACAGCGUAGCAGCUGAAGCAACAGAGUACGUGGAAAGAAACAGAGACGAAUAUGGAGGCACCAAAAAAGCCAUCUUUCAUGUUCUGAGCAAUCGUGUGAACGAUCUCGGGUUUGAUCGCCCUGAAGCUUAUGCUGAAUCAGAUCCUUACAAACCCGGUCCUGGCUUUUUGAAGGAGUAUUACACAUGAGAGAUUUUAUAUAACAAGAGUCUUUUUAAUGUAAUUCGCUCGCAGCUUCCUUGUUGUAUUAGUAUAUUACUAAAUCAACUUUGUUGUUGUAAUUUUGGCAGAACAAUUUCCAUCUUCAGACUGAGAAAAAAAAAAGAGUUUUGGAUCAAGGGUUCUAUAAGAACCGUUUAAAAAA